AUCUUACAUCAUUAAUAAAUGCAUUCGAACCCCAGUUUAAUUAGAUCAAUUGAGAUAAUCCUAUCGAUUCGAGCACAGUCUCAAUAUCAAAGGUGUUGUUGAUCGUGGGACAAUGGCUAAAGAGGGUGUCUCAUUGAAAUUUGUGGAACGAUCUUCAGGAUGUCUGAGUGGAACAAUUCGGAUCCGGGGCAAUUUGUACUCAAAACGAGGAAUUGCUGCCCUCAUUGGAGGUUGUCUGAUGUUGAUUAGCUUCUCCAUUGACUUUUCGUACGCCAAUUUGAAUACGUACGUCAUUUCGUAUUUGCGUCAUGAAGUGACACCAUCUACUGAUUACGCCGACUGGAUCUUCGUAUCGACCUCCAAGACUUUGGUCCAAGGCCUGGUCAUGCCCUUCGCCGGCCUUCUAUCCAACCGCAUAGGCCUCCGCCUAUCCCUCACCAUCGGUUCCAUUUUAUACAGCGUGGGAUAUUUGUGCACGGGUUGGGCCAUUACGCACAGCUUACCCCUGGUCAUCGUAACCAUGGCAGUGAUGCAUGGUUUGGGAUUCGCCUUGGUGUAUUCUCAAACGGUGGGGGCAGUGAUGGCCUGGUCCCCUUCAAACCCCGGAACUUUUGGUGGGAUCUGUAUCGCUGGUUAUGGCUUUGGCUCUAUGAUUUGGAACCCAUUGGAAACGGGCUUUGUCAAUCCGCUCAACAGAGAUCCCGUUGUUGGAACGAAUGGCACCGAUGCGUAUUUUGAGGACCCUGAUGUGUUGGCUCGUAUUCCAAAAUUGUUUUACCUCUUGGGCGGAACCUUCAUUGUCAUGCAAAUAGUGUCCAUUAUCUUGUUGAGAGUUCCCACGGAAGAGGAACUGGCUGAAAUGCAACCAAUCUUGGACAACAAAGACGACAAAGACGGCGACCAGGAAAAUGCCAACGAAGGAACAUUCAGUUUGAAGCCCAUGCAGGUGCUCAAGACCUCAGAGUUCUAUAAGAUGUGGGUUUCAUUCCUGGCCAUGAAUAUGAUCAACAUGUUUAUUAACAACUAUCAAAAGAGCUUUGGCCAGCUCUUCAUAAAGGAUGAUAGUUUCUUCGCCAUCAUUGCCACGUUGUCCAGCGUCGCAAACGGAGUCACACGAAUGAUCUGGGGCUAUACUUAUGAUAAACAGGGCUUUCAGUUCUGCAUGAUGAUCAUCUCAAGUGUGAGCACAGCACUUGCCUUCUCGUUUGUUGAUCUGGCAGCGAUUGAUUACGAUUCCCUUGGGUCUCGAAUAUUUUAUGGAGUUUGGAUCUGCGCCCUUUACAGUAUGUUCCCUGGCAUGUACGCCACAUUCGCUCCAUCCACCAGGGACACUUUUGGUCCACAGUUCUUCGAAGCCAACUUUGGGCUCAUCUUCACCCAAAACAUUGUUAAUAGUCUCAUGAUGAUUGGAGCGACCCAAGGUCUGUUCCGGAUCGUUGGCUACAACGGCAUGUUCUUCCUGACGGGAGGGAUCGGAGUAAUAGGUAUGCUAGCCUCUUGGCUUAUGCCGUCAAGGAUGACGUCUGAGAACUUCCGAUCGCGGUUUGAGGUCAAGCCCUCCUUUUAUUAGACUAUCCUUUGCCCAGGAAUUAUGGCUGUGAUUUUAAUUUGCCUUCGUUGCAUAAGGGAACAUCCUAUCUACAAAUGGUGCACUCGUCUCGAUAUAAUUGUGUUCACGUUUUGCCGUCAUUCAGCUGUCUUAUCUUAUAAGAAUAAAGUUGUAUCU